AUGGAAGAUAGUUGGUUUGAAGAUGAUAGUGAUGAAGACCAACUCGAUAUUGAAGAAAGUGGUUCAGAAACAGAAAAUGCUGAUAGUGAAACAUCAGAAGACGAUGAAUUUGAUUUAGACGAAGUUAUAUCAAGAUUUGAUGAUAAGGCAACAAGAGAAGAAAGAAAAAGAACAGAUAAAUUUGCUGCAAUCCGUGAAAUUUGGACAGAUUUUCAAGAUAAUUUGAGAACAUGUUAUACAUCAGGAUCCUCUCUUACCAUUGACGAACAACUUUUAGGCUUUAGAGGAAAGUGUCCUUUUCGUCGAUAUAUUUCAAAAAAGCCUGACAAAUACGGAUUCAAAUUUUGGUUAUGUGUCGAUACUAAUGCGUAUUAUGUUUUUAAUGCAUUUCCUUACGUCGGACGACAACUAGAUCAAGAACGACAAAAAAAGGUCGCUCAAAAUGUAGUUCUAGAUUUGCUAAAACCAUUGUAUGGUUCCAACAGAAACGUCACUGUUGAUAAUUUUUUCACAAGUGUUUCACUGGCUAAAGAACUUCGAACGAAGAAGUUUACUAUUGUUGGAACAUUACGAAAAAAUAAACCGGAAAUCCCUAUAGAAUUCCAGUCUAACAGAAAUCGUCAACCUGAUUCAUCACUUUUUGGUUUUCAAGAUAAUCUUACUCUAGUUUCAUUUGUUCCCAAACAAAAUAAAGCUGUUCUAUUGAUGUCUUCAAAGUAUCAUGAGACUUUCGUGGACAAAAAAACAGAAAAACCGACUAUUAUUUUGGAUUAUAAUAAAACAAAUGGACCUGUUGAGACUGUCAAUCAAAUGUGUCACUAG